ACCGCCAAGAGAAGUGUGAUUUUGGAAAAUAAAUUGGUGUUCAGUCACAUGAAUCACAAUUGUAUCACAUCGUGUGCCAUGGCAUUGAAAAACACGCGAUCUUACGUAUCCCAAUUUUAAUAUUAUUAUUGCGUCGAGUGAGAAGUGACGUGCUUGUUUAAAAAAUCGUAAACAAUGGCAAUCUUGGAGUCCUGCUGGUCACCGUGCGUUUGGUCAAACAGUGUUAAGUCUGGUUGCAAUGCUAUUGCAUUUUACACAGUGGCAAUUAGUAUUGUCCUAAUUACACUAAUUUCCUAUCAACUGGCUGGAGGUGAUUCUACGCAACUAUACAAUCCAUUAUUCGAGGCGGAUGUAAGAGGCUCUAUGCAAGUUUUUGGAGGAUUUUUCAUCUUCUAUCUAAUACUGUUGAUUAUUUGCGCCUUAUUAUUGGUUUACGGCGUAAGAAAAAUAGUACGUGGAUGGUUAUUGCCAUGGCUUAUUAUGUGGUUCAUCGUCUGCCUGUUUCAAUUCGUCUUCGGAUUGUGGCUUUUAGGCGGCUACUAUAUCUAUUUGGACUCCGUGUUUGCGACAUUAUGCCUCUGGCUUUGGAUGUCUUACAACAUAUAUUGUUGGCUGGUUGUUUUUUCAAUGUACAAAAUAUUCGCAAAAAUGCAAUCUCCCAACAUAGAACUUUUAUGGCCUUGAAGAAGAGUACAA